UCCGACUCAUCUGCAGACACUCCUGGACAUUACGGAUGUUACAACUGGACUCCAACUGUCCUCUGCUGUGAAGGGCGUCCAGCGCAAGUCAGGAAUCACUUAUUCACCAGACAGCUGAAGCAACAAGGUUGUGGUGGUGGAAAUAAAGCAUUUGAUUUGAAGACAUCUGCCUGAUGAUCACCUACAGCGGAUUACUAUUUAAGUGAUUCCAGCCUUGAACAACAAGGAAGCAACAACUUCCUCAUAACUAUGACAAAGUACCUCAUUUCGGCUGUGUGGCUGGCGUAUUGGCUGUGUCAUGGUUAUCCUGUUGAGGCCAAUGUGAUCUGCGAUGAAGGCAAAAUGACAGUAGGGUUUGAAAAGUCUUCAUUUUCUCGUCUCAACAUUAAUAAUCUGCGGCUCAAUGACCCCGACAGCAAUGCCUGCAAGGUCCGCUCCAAUAGCACCCACAUCUACGCUGUCGUCCCCCUGAACGAAUGUGGCACUCAAAUUGAGGAAAGUGCUGAAAACCUCAUUUUCAAGAAUGAAAUCACCAUUGAGGACAACACUGGUGACCUGAUCACCAGGAAAUGUCUGCUAGAGCUGAAGUUCUACUGCCAAUACCCCAAACGUGGGAACCUGACUCUGGGCUUCUCAGUAAAUCAGAAGAGUGUCACAGUGUCUGAGGCAGGCUUUGGCACAUUCACCUACCAGUUUGAAUUCUAUACUAACAAACAAUUCAAAGACCCCAUUGAGCUGCCAUCAUACAUUCUUACAUGUGACAUAGGGACCAGGAUUUACAUGCAAAUAAAGGCCACCUCCUCAUUCAAUGAUGCAAAGCUGUUUGUGGAGUCCUGCAGAGCUUCACCAGUUGACGACCCAAAUUACGACGGAACCUACUCCAUCAUUGAUAAUGGGUGUAAAGUGGACAAGACCGUUGAAAUCCAUACCCCCUCCCACGACAGACAAUUCAGGUUCAGCAUGGAGGCCUUCAAGUUUAUCGGCUUGUAUAAUCAGGUGUACAUCAAAUGUUCAGUCCUGAUAUGUGAAGGAGGGAGGUCUGAUACCAGGUGCUCGCAGGGAUGCAUCGGGUCAGGAUCAUGGCUGAGCGAUCAGCCCCAUCACCGUGGAAAGAGAGAGGCUGUUACUCAGAGUUUAAGGCACAUUAUUUCCCAGGGUCCCUUGCGCUUAAGGAGAUCAGCAGAGAGCACUGGCCCAAUGAUCAACCUGAAUCCAAACCUGGUAUUCAUCGCUGGAUGUCUUCUUGCAGCUGUUGGCAUGAUCAGUGCAGUGAGCAUGUACAAAGCCAGACUGUCAUGGGUCAGAUACCAACCACUGCCAGUGUAUAAGAGUUAAGACAACAGUGUGUGCCUAAUACCAAUUCUGUAUUAAUUACAUUUGACUACAUACAUCUUUUUUGAUUGAUCUUGCUAUCAGGUAUUGGGUUUUAAAUGUAUCUGAUUAUAUGCCCAUUUAAAUGAAUGAAUUUUAUAUUAACACCUUUAGAAAUGUCUACUGCUAUAAGAGGAAACACUUCAGUGAGGGAAAAUCUGUGCUUGGGCAAAAAUGAAACCAGAAAGGAGAUUUUAUUUGAGUCAACACUGAAGAAUGAUCAACCAGCCCCUACAGGGUUAUUGUUAGAAAUUAAAACCGAAAAUAAAACUAAAACGAGCAGUGAAAAAAAGAGAUCCUCUAAGAAAAACUAAAACUGAAUAAAUUAUAUUGCCUGCCAAGAUAGGGUGAGAGCAUGAAUUUCUGUCAGCUCGUCUUUCAACCACAUAAUCUGAAAUUCUGACUUUCCCGGACAUUACACUAUGCUGCAAUGCUUUUUGCAGUCUAAUCUCAUAGAAUUUGAUAACAAGAACAUAAUUUAGGCCUAAUAUUGUAGUAGAUCAAACGUCAUUUAAUUAAGCUAUUCAGCACAGGACUAAUGUUAUCCAACCAGGUUAGUAUGACCCUCUUCUGUGGUAUUGAAUUAGUACUAAAGGUUACUCCUAAAUUAAAAUAUUUAUAAAACAUCAUGAUAAACAGUAUGUUUAAACAUUAUGUUAGACAAUAAUGCCAUUCCCACACAGUUCUCCAGCUAUGAAUUUUGUGUUUGAGACCUCAUACCUAUCCCUAAAAAAAAAGCAACUAAAGCUAGUGUAAAACUGAAAAACUAUAAAAAUAAUAUUUAAAAACUAAAAUUCAACUGAAACUAUACAAACAUGAGUUCAAAAGUCAAAAGCAAAAUAAAAUAAAAAAUAAUAAUCUACUGAAACAUUGGAACUGUAGCUGCUGGUUGACUUGUGGUCUUGAACGCGCUGUUCAUGAUGGGAUCACUAGCUUUAUAAAUGCUACCACUAUUACAUAUUACAGCAUGAUUUAAAACAAGUAUCUUGAUUUUAUGUGUAGUCCUAGUCAUAAUCAUCAUAUUCAAUCCUAUGCAAGAUGUUAUCAUUAAUGGGUUAAUAAAAUAUAUUCUUUUGCAUAUAUUUUUGCCUUUAUCAACUUGAAUGUGGAUUCUCUUUCUUGGUGCAUGAAGUCACACACUUCCAUUCCAAAUCCAACACAAAAUGUCCUAUAGUCAUGUUUCAAGUAAUUAAAAAAGCCAUUAAUACUU